GUUACCAACAGUAUUUAUUGGAAGCAAUUUUCUGGUUCUGUUCGAACUCAGAAUUUUUAGAAGCACAAGCAGAAGCCGCCAAAUAGCUCUCAUUUGUGUAAUCUGUGAAUUUGGAGCUCGGUUUGAAUGAAUGGCUCUGUUGAGAGCUUUCUCCCCCUCUACUUCACUGCUUAGACACUCGGUGCGAUUAAUGGCAAAUCGCUGUUUUUUGACUCACCCUCACACCUACUCUCCUUUUCUCUCUCCCUCUUUAGCUGCUUCCAGUCCAUCCCUAAUUCUUACCAACUUCAGGAGAAGUGCUAGCUUGAGAAGGCAUCUAAAUAGAGAUUUACUUGGCAGUGUUCUAUGUACUAAAUCUUUUAUGUCAUCAAGCAUUGCCAUGGAAGCUUUUAAAGAAGGAACUGGCUCGAAAGAUUAUGGUUCCGAACAGAUUCAGGUGUUGCAAGGUUUAGAUCCUGUUAGAAAAAGGCCUGGAAUGUAUAUCGGAAGCACCGGAACUCGUGGACUGCAUCACUUGGUAUAUGAAAUAUUGGAUAAUGCUGUAGAUGAAGCUCAAGCUGGCUGUGCUUCAAAAAUAGAUGUUGUCUUGCAUGCCGACAACUCAGUGAGCAUUACUGACAAUGGUCGUGGGAUUCCAACUGACUUGCAUCCAACGACAAAAAAAUCUGCUUUGGAGACUGUUCUGACGGUUCUGCAUGCAGGUGGCAAGUUUGGAGGCACAAGUAGUGGAUAUACUGUCUCAGGUGGAUUGCAUGGUGUUGGCCUUUCAGUUGUCAACGCACUGUCAGAGGAGCUAGAAGUAAUUGUUUGGCGCGAUGGCAAGGAACACAAACAAAAAUAUUCACGUGGGAAGCCUACAACAAGUUUGAUCUGUCAUGAAUUAUCAGCUGGGCAGAGAGAUCGUCGGGGGACAUCCAUACGAUUUUGGCCUGAUAAAGAAGUGUUCACAACAGAAAUAGAGUUUGACUACAACAUUCUGGCUGGACGUAUUAGGGAGCUUGCUUUUCUUAACCCUGAGCUAAUUAUUGCCUUGAGUAAGGAGGAUGUUGACCCAGAAAAAAACCAAUACAGUGAGUUCUACUAUGCUGGAGGAUUGGUUGAGUAUGUUAAAUGGUUGAAUGCAGAUAAGAAACCUCUGCAUGAUGUGGUGUCAUUCAGAAGAGAAGUAGACGGAGUAUCAAUUGACGCAGCACUUCAGUGGUGUUCAGAUGCCUAUUCAGAUACAAUGCUAGGAUAUGCCAACAGCAUACGGACAAUUGAUGGUGGUACUCACAUAGAGGGUCUAAAGGCUUCAUUGACAAGAACAGUCAACAGUCUUGGGAAAAAGUCAAAGACAAUUAAGGAAAAGGAUAUUAGCUUAAGUGGUGAGCACGUGAGAGAGGGAUUGACUUGUGUGAUUUCUGUCAAAGUGCCAAAUCCUGAAUUAGAAGGACAGACUAAGACAAGGUUGGGAAAUCCGGAGGUACGAAAGGCUGUUGAACAAUCUGUUCAAGAGUAUCUGACUGAAUACUUGGAGUUGCAUCCUGGGGUGCUUGAUUCAAUCCUUUCCAAGUCUCUAAAUGCCUUGAAGGCAGCCCUUGCAGCCAAAAGGGCUAGGGAGUUGGUAAGACAAAAAAGUGUCUUAAAGUCAUCGUCUCUUCCAGGGAAACUUGCUGAUUGCUCAGCUACAGACCCAGAGGAAGCUGAGAUAUUUAUUGUAGAAGGUGAUUCAGCCGGUGGAAGUGCUAAACAAGGUCGUGAUCGGCGGUUUCAGGCCAUUCUUCCUUUACGGGGUAAAAUCUUGAAUGUUGAAAGGAAGGAUGAAGCUUCCAUGUACAAAAAUGAAGAGAUCCAGAAUCUCAUUCUUGCUCUAGGACUUGGGGUGAAGGGUGAGGAUUUUAAAAAAGAAGCUCUGCGUUAUCAUAAAAUUAUAAUUUUGACUGAUGCUGAUGUGGAUGGCGCCCAUAUUCGCACACUGUUGUUGACUUUUUUCUUCAGAUAUCAGAGGGCUUUAUUUGAUGAAGGGUGCAUUUAUGUGGGUGUUCCACCUCUGUAUAAGGUUGAACGGGGAAAACAAGCGCAUUACUGCUUUGAUGAUGCAGAUCUUAGAAAGCUCCAGAGUUCCUUUCCCUCAAAUGCUUCAUAUAACAUCCAGAGAUUUAAAGGACUAGGAGAGAUGAUGCCUACCCAGUUGUGGGAAACAACCUUAAACCCAGACACAAGGCUUUUAAAGCAGCUAGUGGUUGAAGAUCCCGCGGAGGCAAAUGUUGUUUUUUCCUCGUUAAUGGGUACUCGGGUGGAUUUUAGGAAGGAGCUAAUACAGAAUUCUGCAAGCAAGAUCAACUUUGACCAGCUUGACAUUUAGAUUUAUUUAAUAGAAACCUGCAGAAACACACCAAACAUUCCGGAAGACACGAUAAAACACUCUUGGUGCUUGAUGUACGUUUUAUGCGGCACUGUCUUGGCUUUUGAGGAAUUUUCGGGUUCCCUCAUUGCAUUUUUACAACGCUACCCUCCCUGAUCAGAAUAUCUCUGAACUUGUUUGUGGUUCAGCUGAAGUGUGUGAGAAUAGUAUUAUUCUUCUUGUAAGAAUUGGUACCAAUUUUGGGAUAUAAACUAUUGGAAAACCUUAAAACUAGGAUAAGCACCAGAGGUCUACUUCCAUUGUCAAGUGCAUUUUUUAGACUUAGUUCUAUUGGUUACGGGGCAUUAUUUUUGUUUUGCAUUGUAACAAUUCAAAAUCUAAUUCAAGAUAUUUAAUUAGACGCAUAUUUAAAAUAAUUUCAUUUGCUUA